UCUGUUUGGGGAUGGCAGGUGAGGGCUAGUAACUGAAACUGAGAAAAGAGAAAUGGCCCAUGAGGUGUGUGUGGCGGGCGACUUUUAUCCAUCACCGUAACCUAACACUAAUUCAUAGAACCAUCUGUUCACAGCUGCAAGAAGGAGAAAAAAACGGAGAGGAGGAAGGGAAGGAGGGGACUCGAGCAAGCACGAGCGACCUUUAUCUGUCAUCUGAUCCCCGAUCGGCUAUGGUUUGAGGAUUUUUUAUUGAAUACUUGACGUAUAUCCACAGCCUACGUGGGCAUGUAUACUGAGCACCUGCUGUGCGCCUAGGAAGUAGAUUAUGUCCCUGCCGGUGUCAAGACUUCUUUCUUAGUCAUAGCAGGGCUUCUUCAGCGAAAAACACGAAGCCAACCUCCCAGAAUGCGCUUCCUUCAUUCCUGGGCAGCCUUGAAGCCCCUCUCCCGGUAGCCCAACCUCAAAACGCAAGAGCCUCCCAGCCGUCUCCCCCAUCACCAGCUAGCACGUGCGCUUGCGCACUCCGCCCGGCAAUUUUGGGCGGGGCCGGUCCCUCCCUACCGAAGACUACAUUUCCCACAGGCCUCUGCUCCUAGUUUCCUUCCGGCUUUCUUGCUGGUGUCGGCUAGGAGAGAUCUGGCUUAUCUGGACUCUGUAGUUCUCCAGCAGAGAAAUCUUGAGAAGGACUGACCAAUUCUUGCAUUUUGAAACCAUGGCCUACACCCUGCUUGUUCACUCCAUUCCUGAGUGCAACCCCUGUGUGGCCCUGCAUGACGUGUGGUGUUCUCCUCCCCUGGGCUGGUUCAGUGACAUUCAGGGACGUGGCCAUAGAUUUCUCACAGGAAGAAUGGGAAUUCCUGGACUCAGCUCAGAGGGACUUAUAUAGGGAUGUAAUGUGGGAGAAUUAUAGCAAUUUCAUCUCACUAGCAGAACCUUCCAUUUCUAAACCAGAUGUGAUUACCUUAUUGGAUGAAGGGAAGGAGCCCUGGAUGGUUGUGAGGGAAGAGACCAAAAGACACUACUCUGAUUUGGAGUCCAGAUACAGGACCAAUACGUUAUCUCCAGAAAAGGACAUUUAUGAAAUAUAUUCAUUCCAGUGGGAGAUAAUGGAAAGAAUUAAAAGCUAUAGUCUUCAGGACUCCAUUUUUAGAAAUGAUUGGGAAUGCAAAGGCAAGAUUGAGGGGCAAAAGGAACCACAAGAGGGAUAUUUUGGGCAAGUGAAAGUUACUUCUGAAAAAAUGACCACUUACAAAAAACAUAAUUUUCUUGCUGAAUAUCAGAGAGUUCAUAAUGGAGAAAAGUUGUAUGAAUGUAAGGAAUGUAGGAAGACCUUUAUUCGUCGUUCAACACUUAGUCAACACCUGAGAAUUCAUACUGGUGAGAAACCUUAUAAAUGUAAGGAAUGUGGGCAGGCAUUUAGACAGCGUGCACACCUUAUUCGACAUCACAAACUACAUACUGGUGAAAAGCCCUAUGAAUGUAAGGACUGCGGAAAGGCAUUUACAGUGCUCCAAGAACUUACUCAACAUCAGAGACUUCAUACUGGUGAAAAGCCCUAUGAAUGUAAGGAGUGUGGAAAGGCCUUCAGAGUGCAUCAGCAACUUGCUCGACAUCAGAGAAUUCACACUGGUGAGAAACCCUAUGAAUGUAAGGCAUGUGGGAAGACCUUUAGGCAGUGUACACACCUUACUCGACAUCAGAGACUUCAUACUGCUGAGAAACUCUAUGAAUGUAAGGAAUGUGGGAAAGCCUUUGUAUGUGGUCCAGACCUUAGAGUACAUCAAAAAAUUCAUUUUGGUGAGAAACCUUAUGAAUGUAAGGAAUGUGGAAAGGCUUUUAGAAUAUGCCAACAACUUACUGUCCAUCAGAGUAUUCAUACUGGCGAGAAACCCUAUGAAUGUAAGGAAUGUGGGAAGACUUUUAGACUAAGGCAACAACUUGUUCGCCAUCAGAGAAUCCAUACUCGUGAGAAACCCUAUGAAUGCAUGGAAUGCUGGAAGACCUUUAGUAGUUACUCACAACUUAUUUCACAUCAAAGCAUUCAUAUUGGUGAGAGACCUUAUGAAUGUGAAGAAUGUGGGAAGGCCUUUAGAUUGCUCUCACAACUUACCCAACAUCAGAGUAUUCAUACUGGUGAGAAACCUUAUGAAUGUAAGGAAUGUAGAAAACCUUUUAGACUGCUCUCACAACUUACUCAGCAUCAGAGUAUUCAUACUGGUGAGAAACCUUAUGAAUGUAAGGAAUGCGGUAAGGCUUUUAGACUUUAUUCUUUCCUUACUCAACACCAGAGAAUUCAUACUGGGGAGAAACCCUACAAAUGUAAGGAAUGUAAGAAGGCCUUUAGACAACAUUCACACCUUACUCAACAUCAGAAAAUUCAUAAUGGAGUUUAAUACAAAAAAGCCUUCAAUUGUACAUUAUGUUAUAAAAUAUCCAGAAAUUCAUUUUAGAGAAAUUUGCUUCAUGCUUCAACUAAGCCUAAGAAAUUUUAUAUUAUUGGGAAAAAAAGUUGCUUUAAAAGCCUUCUAUCACCAUUCAAACAUUGUUUAUCUUCAGCAAAUUCAUGUGAGGGAAUAAUAUAAUGAAUGUAGGAAAAUCUUUAGCCUUAUCUAUUAUUAUCCCCAUUUCACUACUUUAUUAUGUGUUAUUGGACAAGGUACUUAAACUUCUGUGCCUCAUUUUGCUCACUUGUAAAAUGGUGAUAAUAGUACCUAUGUAUAUUAGUUAUUUAUUGCUGUGUAAUAAAUUACCACUAACUUAGUAGCUUAAAAUAAUACACAUUAUCUCACAGUUUCUAUGGGUCAGGUGUUGGGGCAUAACUUUGUUGGGUCCUCUGCUUCAGGGUCUCUCACAAAACUAAACUAAAGGUUUCAGCCAGGGUUGGGUCUCAUUUGAAGGCUCACCAGGGGAAGGGAUUCAUUUCCGACCUCACAUGGUUGUUGGCUGUCACACUGAGGUCCGCAGUUUCUAGUUGGCUGUAGGCUGACCUUAGUUCCUUGCCACAUGGGCUUCUUCAACAUGACUGCUUAUUAAGUGUGAUCUACUAGCAUCAUAGAAGUUAUAAUCCUAUGUGAUCUAAUCACCAAAAUAACACCUUUUAGUUAUUAAGACUCUCUGUCUUAUACUGGUUAGAAGCAAGUUACUGAGUCACCCCACAUUCAAGGGUAGGGGCUUACACAAGAGUAUGAAUCAUAAUGUAGGGACCAUUUCAGGGUCAGCCUGCCACACUGUGUAAUAGGAUUGUCUUAAGGCUUAAGUAGUGCUUGGACAAAUAGCAGCCACAUAGCAUGUUUCCUGUAAAUAUUAUCUACAAUUGUUAUCAUUAGUGUUAGUGAAUUCAUAUGAAAGGAAUUUACUCUAGAAGUAGUAAAUGUAGAAAUGCCUCAUGUCACUGCUCAGUGCUUACUAAACUUAAAAUAAUUUAUUCCAGAUAAAAUCUUGGAGGUUCUAUUGAAUGUGAGAAGUUCUUCAUCAUUUGAGCUGCAUCAGUAAUUUCAUGCUGAAAAGAAACCUUAUGAAUUUCUUGAAUGUGAGGUUAAGAGUACAACUAUUAUAGAAUCAGAAAAAUAUAAAAUUAUUUUCCCAUAAUAAAUUUCAAAAAGUAAAUGUUUUGCAAUCCCUAUUGUCUGAACACUGUUAAAGAUUAAUUAGAAACUAUCAAAAAGAGGGCAGAAAGGAAACUAACCACUUGGAAAUUUAAUAUUCUGUGUGUUUGUGCAUGCAUGUGUGUGUGUGUGUAUGUAUGUAUGUAUUUAAAACUCUUAUACAAAAAAAAGAACGUCAUGCCAUUUACAGGCAAUAUACUGUUUGAUGUUCAGAUUGCCGCAUCUUCAACCAGUGGGAGUUAGGUCUUUUGACAUGACCUACUAGUAGUUUGAUAGUUUACUUGGUUACAGCUGGAGACAGUUUGGUCAGCAAUGAAAGAUGCUUGGGCACCAACUCAUCCUAAAAAUUGAUAAGGGGAAAAAUAAGCAUUUAUUUUGUUUUUUCCAUGUGAACCAAGUUUUAGGGCCACCAGAAAGCUCAUCAAAUUAAACGAUUUUCGUUUUUUGUUUUUGUUUUUUCUUUAAAUUCAAUUAGCCAACAUCUAGUGUAUAUCAUUAGUUUCAGAUGUAGUGUUCAGUAAUUUAUCAGUUUUAUAUAGCACCCAGUGCUCAUCACAUCACGUGCCCUCCUUAAUGCCCAUCACCCAGUUGCCCCAUUCCCUCACCCUCCUCCCCUCCAGCAACCCUCAGUUUGUUUUCCCAAAGUUGAGUCUCUAAUGAUUUGCCUCUAUCUCUGAUUUCUUCCCACUGUUUUCUCUCCCUUCCCCUAUGAUCCUCUGCACUGCUUCUUAUAUUCCACAUAUGAGUGAAACUAUGUUUUGUUUUUAAGAAAUAUAACCAGUAAAUACAGAAAGAAUGAUAGGAUUAGAAAAAUCACAUUUUCUAGUUCCCUAAUGGAAUAAUGGGUCAGGAAAAUGAUCUUCAAUGGAUAAUGAAACGAGUGAAAUAUUUUAUAGUGAGAACUUUAAAGUGGAUUUAUCAAGCUGAUAACCUUUGAGCCCUUUGAUUAAUUUUAACUUCCAUAAAAGUGGGACUAUCAGACAAUAUCCACAUCCUGAUAAAAUGUAAUAGGAAGUACACACCAGGGAUCCCUGGGUGGCGCAGAGGUUUGGUGCCUGCCUUUGGCCCAGGGUGUGAUCCUGGAGACCCAGGAUCGAAUCCCACAUCGGGCUCCCGGUGCAUGGAGCCUGCUUCUCCCUCUGCCUGUGUCUCUGCCUCUCUCUCUCUCUCUGUAUCUGUCAUAAAUAAAUAAAAUAUUUAAAAAAAAAAAAAAAAAGGAAGUACACACCACUACCUACAAAACCUUAUUGCCAAAGCGAUGAA